CCCGCAGUGAGACAGUGUUGUUGUUCCAAACAUUCUUCAAGAGUCUGACGGACCAGAGCUUUAAUUUAACCCUGCUGCAGGUGUCUACUGACUGCAAACGGAUUUCACAUCAACAGUGUGUUAGGAUUACCUACAAAAGGAGGACAAAAUGAACUGUGGCCUGCUGACAAACAAGAAUGAGCCAGUUCCACUGAAGCACAUCGAGGUGGAUCUGCAGGUUCAGGGGCAUGUAGCGACGGUGACCUCCACCCUGCAGUAUAUAAAUGAGGAAGAGAACCACCUGGAGGCUGUGUUUGUCUUCCCCAUGCCUUCAGGAGCUGCUCUCUGCCAUUUCAGCGCCAAGAUUGCAGACCAGGAGAUAGUGGCUGAGGUGCAGGAGAAACAGGAGGCGCGGGAGCAGUACGAUGAUGCAGUGAGUUCAGGUCAACAGGCCUUUCUGCUGGAGGAGAGUGAGGAGUCUGUGGACGUGUUCAAGAUGAGUGUAGGCUCUCUGCCGCCAGGCCAGAGCGCCGCCGUCACCUUCAUCUAUAUCGCUGAGCUGAGUGUACAGGCUGACCAUUCACUGCAAUUCAGCCUGCCUGCAGUGCUCAACCCCCGUUACACACCAGCCGGUUCAGGUGGUGGUAUAGUUUCAGAGAUAACAUCAAGUUCCUCUGGUAUUCCCUACUCUCUCUCUUUUACUGCACACGUGAGCUCUCCAAACCCCAUCACUAAAGUGGAGUCCAAAUGUCCUUUAGAGCCCCUGAUGUUCCUCAACACAGACCACACAAAGGCAAAGGUAAGCCUUUGUGCAGGUCAUAUGUUUGAUCGAGAUGUCGAGCUGUAUCUAUAUUAUCAGAAUCCUCAUCAGCUCACUGCUAUAGUGGAAGCUGGAUCUCCCGCAGCACAGCCAGGGACUCUCCUGGGAGACCCUGUGGUCAUGGUCAGUUUCUAUCCAGAGUUUCCUGAGUCAGUGAUGUCCUCCAUGUCGUCAUGUGGCGAGUUUGUGUUUGUUAUGGACAGAUCUGGCAGUAUGAUCCGCGCCAUGCAUAAUGGACGAGGUGUACAAAAACGCAUCGAGUGUGCCAGGGACACUCUGCUCCUGCUGCUGAAGAGUCUCCCCAUGGACUGUUACUUCAACAUCUAUGGCUUUGGCUCUCACUAUGAAUCCUUCUUCCCGAAAAGUGUGCAGUACAGUCAGGACACUAUGGAGCAGGCUGUGAAGAAAGUAAAUGAGAUGCAAGCAGACAUGGGGGGCACGGAGAUUCUGCAACCUCUGGAGCACAUUUACAAACAGCCUUGUAUCCCCAACCACCCAAGACAGUUGUUCAUAUUUACAGAUGGUGAAGUAGGAAACACCAAAGAUGUUCUUCACUGCGUGAAGAGCAAUGCUGAUGUCCACAGAUGCUUCUCAUUUGGGAUUGGUGAAGGUACAAGUUCUGCACUCAUCACAGGAUUGGCUGAGAACAGCUCUGGCCACGCCCAGUUCAUCUCAGGAAAAGAGCGCAUGCAGGCACUAGUAAUGCAGUCCCUUCGCUAUGCUUUGCAACCAGCAGUGAUUGAUAUCACUGAGGAUUGGACUGGUUUGUCUUUCACCCGUCUGAGCCCCCCGAUUAAUUCACUUUUCCAUGGUCAAAGAGCACUGAUUUAUGCCCAGUUGAAAGGAGAGGAAUGUCAGAACCCAGACUCUAAGGGGAAAAUAUCAGUGCGGUACCGCCUAGGAGAUCAAGAGGUAACGAACACCGUCCACUUCUCCCUGAAGCCGGCUGAGGAGAGCGGACUGGCCAUCCACAGGCUGGGCGCUCGCUCUCUGAUCCGCUCUCUGGAAAGGGACGAGCAGGAUGAUGGAGCUGAUAAAGAGGCUCUGAAGGCCAGAGUGGUGGAACUGAGUAAGCAGUCUGGAGUGAGCAGCUCUCACACAGCCUUCAUAGCUGUCCAUAAGGGCAGCGGACAAGCUGUGAAAGGUCCACUGGUGAAGAGGAGAAUUCCUACCCACACGUUUAUGGCAGGUUCAAUGGGUGUUAACCUGUGUAUGGCUGCACCAAUGUGUGCACCAUUGGGUCGUCGUUUGAAAGGGUGUGUGGUUGGACAAGAGGCUGCUGUUUUGCCUAGACUUUUAGACAGGUGUUUUUGCAUUCAGCCCUUGGACAACGAAGAGAGGUGUAUUCCUACCUCACACCCAGUGUUCUCAGGGUAGGCUUUGAAUCCACCACAAUCCUGACCACAUUAAAGUGGUUACUGAAAGUGAGUGUAAAUGCUGAAGUUCAUGGAUUGUUAAUGUUAAUUAAUGCAGUAGAUAAUGCUCGCUAUGGAAAUCUUAAAGUAGCGUGUUACUGUAUCCACUAUCUUCACUGUUUCUGGAUUUCAUCCUGUAGUGAUGUUAACUAGAAAUUUUUAUUCAUAGAUUAAAUAAACAUUUGUCAGUGCACUUGUAUUUCAUUAACAUUUAAAUAAAUGUCAAACAAAUGUCAAUUAAUUUCUUAACAUUUCUUAUGAUUUUAUUAAGGCUGAGGUUCAUGGUUUGUUAAUGUUAAUUAAUACAGCAGUGUUGUUAUACAAUAUAUAAAACGUGGGAACGCACAGUUUUAAAAUGUUGUCAUCUUUGAGAUCCACCUAUGUACCAUAAGGUGCAUGAUGAGACAAUUGGUACGUUUACAUGGACAACAAUAAUCCAAUAUUAACGCAAUUAAGACAAUACUUUGUUCUGAUUACCUUAAUCCGAUUAAAGUCAUACUCGAAGUAAACACAAAUCGAAUUAAGACAUGUGGAGUAUUCCUGUUUUAGUCACAUUAUCAAAGUGAAUUAUAGAUAUGUACCCACCUUAAUCACACUAUUAACGUCGUGUGGGAGUUUUGAACGCAUUUUGCGACAGGACACAUACACACGGCAGUGCUCAACCGCUUGACGGCAAACAAGAGAGCACGGCUGCGUCCGAAACUGCGUACUUCCCUACUAUAUAGUAGGAGAAAUACGUGUACUUCGGCUACUAUAUAGUAGGUAAGUACGUGGUUUCGGACACAUCCCACGGCUUCAAGCAGUCGUCUGUUUGCACGUAUAGCAUGACAAAUAAUUAACUGCGUUUGAAGCUUUCGUAAAAUUAAAAAUGAAACACCCAAAAUUGUAUACGGUACUGUAACGAAGGCGAGCUGUAUGUAGAUACGUGAAAUUCUGGAGGGAACGUCGGACGGCGUGACGUGGGGAUGUAAUGACGUGUGCUGUUAAUCGAUCUAUGUUCUAUAACAUGUAACACGGGAACAUGAAAGGAAUAUUCUAAAAUCGACUCAUGUAAACACCUUAAUCACAAUAUUGUCUUAUUCAGAAUAAGGUCAACAAUUAGAUUAUUGCUGUCCAUGUAAACGUAGUCAAGGAUGCACAUAUUAUAUUCAGAGUGCAUGAUUAAUGAGGAAGAAUGCUGAUUUGCUUCUGCACAGUGAUGUCUGCAUGUGCUCCAGUUCCAGCUAGUAAGUUACUGAAUAUAAUAGUUUGUAAUUCAUACACCAUACAGAUCCACAAAAGUAAAGCAUUUUUUUUUUUUUUUAAAUACAGAAAAUACAAGAAACUGUAUGUA